AUGGUGCCUGUCACACUCGCGGCAAGUUUAAGCUAUCAAGUGUUUUCUCAGCCGGGACUCAAGUUCCCCGCCAAUCAAUCACCUUGUGAGGAAGCCAACAAUUCGGGCCUUUGUAAUGCUAGUGAUGCCUCAACUGACAGUACUGUUUCGACCACUGCAGGAAUCCCCAUGGCUUUAGUAGAUCCUCGUCCCUUCGUAUGCUUUUGCUCCGUAUGUCGAGCGCACGCGGAGCUUAAAGGCAGCACGGCGCGCCCCUGUCGCAUUUCCAAUGCGAGUGCCCCAAUCUACAUUGGCACUCAUGAAUACCAGAUUUACAACCAGCGAGAUCCUCCCGAAACCCUGUAUCGUGUCGCCGACGUUUAUGCCAUUUCGCAUGAAUGGGUACUUGUUCAAAGCUGGAAGAACGAUCAGGACUCACUUCAGUCGUUCACACACACCCUGGCAACUGGGUUCGAAGUCAUCGAAGGAAAGAAGACUGCCGAUUCGGUGAGCCUCGGGACCAUCUUCUCAGAAACUGGCAUCUCUACGGGACAUUCAACCAUCGACACGACAUUGAACAACAGAUCCCCAACAACUCAUGACAUCCCAGUUCAAGUCAAUGCAUAUUCAUCCGCUUAUCUCUAUCGCAAGCGCAUCAGAUACCGCAUCAAGGCUCAUUUCAAGCUCGAUGCCAAUGAUUGGAAUCAGUCCCGAACUGUUGGUGCUUGGCGCCAGGGGUCUGUUCCCUUGGUGGGCGAGUACGAAGUCUACGUUAAUACUCGGGACGUCCUUGUCGUCACCGAGUCACUAUCGGGGACAUCUGUCUUGGAGGGACCUGGUCUCAAUGGCCCACCGUCCAGCCCUACCGUUCAGCCAUGGGACCGGUGUACACGCAAAUGUACGAGUUGGCUGCACUGGUGUGGUUUUUAAUUGGUUCAAUGUGAUUCAAAUAUUGUCUUCCGAAUGUUAGCUCGGUGUCAUCUUGUAUACUUGGAUCCGUGGGCUUUUCAUAAUGUCGAGCGUUCAAAACUGGCGUUCCUGAUAACUGGAAGUCACCCGGAUGGAAGCUGCCCAAAGCUUCAUCAAAGCCGGUAGCAUUCAUCGCAUUCUCCGUGCUGAAAUCCGGAGUGGAUUGUAGACAUGAAAGGGGAAGAGGCACAUAUAUUAGCCCCC